AUGAUGGGCCCACCGACCAUCCGUUCCAGCAUAUUCCACCAAGGCCUUAGCCGUCGCCCGGCCUCGACAGGACCGCCCAAUGGCAAUAUGCCGUCGGGCAAUAACCCACUCGCAACCCGCCCUUCGCAUUCGCACAGGCUUAAGCCAACGACCUCAGACACUUCCUCUUUUCGCGGCAUUAAGAUAUCAGAGAACAAGGAAAUUGUGGUGAGAGACAAGAAUGGGGGCUACAAACUUGAUGUACCCGCUUUGCCGAAUGGUCUAGUUGGAGAAAAUGGCGAAGAGCUGGGUGAACUUGAUCCAGAUGAGUCUGGCGAGUUGGGUCUUGAGGCGGGGGAUUUAGGUGGACGGGACAAAGAGAAAUUCGACGCCGCGCUCGUUGAGAUGAUGAUUCGUCAUCGGAACAGGCAGUCGAGUGGUGAGCCUGACGAAAUUUUGGACAUUGUACACCAGAGCUUGCGCAAAAAGGCCGCGUCCCUGGAUGAUGAUAGUUGGAUGUUCGAGCCGGAAAAGGACAUUGUGUUCUAA